AUGUCGGCAAACCCGCAUAAGAAAGCUGAUGCUGAAUCUAUCCUCACUUGGAAUUAUUUUGGCGGAAAAAGGAAGCCACUAACUAAUGGUUUCUUCCGAAGGGACCAGUACGUAAAGAAAGAGAACAGAGGUCCCAAAAAAGCGUUAGGACGAGAAUCUAUCAAUAUCAAAAUCAAUCCCUCUUUGACUUUCGAAUCCUCCUUUCUUAAACUUCCGGGGUGUGUACUGAUCGAUGUUCGCGCAAGUUUUAUGCAACUUCACCCCCGCUAUGAGAAAACAUCACUAAAAUACUUCUUAGAAAAAUAUGGUCUCGAUGGAACGAAAGUAUCCAAUCUCUUAGGCGCUGAAGCUUGGGCGCAGGACAUUCUAUACACCACGAAAAUUUCCAAUCAGAAAGCAUAUGGGAAGUUUCCAGAAGCGUAUGUGUUCCCGCCAGAAAAGGGUCUUGAAAAUAAGCGACCUGUCACUGGUUUAGACUUUAGAUCCUUGUAUCCUAGCAUAAUUAUGACUUACAACCUCUCACCAGAGAAGAUGGUCUCAACACUUUCGGAAGUAGAUAAGUUAAAGAGAAAGAAUAAAGUGCUUCACAGUAUCGAGUUCAAGUAUGGCGGUAAACCUGUGCGAGCCUGGACCAUACGGCAUGGAAAUAAAUCUGAUCAGGAAGGUCUAUUUACAAAAAUAUUGAAAAAUCUGCUCAAUAUACGGAAUGAAUUAAAGGCCCAACUUAAAGUUCUCGGAAAGAAAAAGGAAUAUAUGGGGAAAGUUAAAAGUAAAAUGGAUUCAGCUGGCGGAUCUUUCCUGGUAGUGGACGCAAUCAAAGAUGUUCUAUCCUCUGUAAAAAAUACUGAGAGGCACGCAGAGAUGACCAAGAUCCUAAGUCCCUUUAUUAUUCAGGAGGAGAGCUCUGAUAGAGCUGAUUUAUCAUAUGAUGAUUUUAUGAAAGAAUAUAGUUCUAUUUGUUUUGAAUACAAUUCUUUAAAUUCGAAGCAGAAGGCGAUUAAAUUAUAUAUGAAUUCGUUCUAUGGUGUGACCGGCCAAAGUGAUUCCCCGUUCUAUACACUAGCACUUGCUGAGGGUGUUACUUCAGCUGGGCGAGAGAAUAUCAAACUCGUCGCAGAAUUCAUGAAAAAGAAGGGAUUUGGGAUAAAAUACGGGGAUACUGAUUCCCUAUAUCUCACUUGCCCAGAUUCUUGUUAUGAGAAAUGUGAUCUGGCCUACAAUGGCGGGAAAGGCACAAUUUCGAAACUAGAAUCGGGUUAUCUCGAAAUGGCUUAUGAAGAAGUGCUAUUCCCAGUAGUCUUCACUGGAAAGAAAAAAUAUUUCAGCACCAAGCAUGAAAAUGCAGUAAAUUUCAGUCUGGAGGACCCUUUCAUAAGAGGAAUUGAUACUGUAAAACAAGGCAAAUCCCAGCUUUUCAAAACCAUAGGAGAUCGGAUUAUGAAUGAAGUUAGGGAUAUCAACAACGAGCACUCUCUCCAUAAAAUUGUUGAGAACGUUCUUAGGGACGCUAUAAUUAAUACUGAGCAAUGGAAUUUCGAACAGUUUAUAGAGACUGAUGCAUGGAAACCUGAUGUAAAUAAUAUUAGCGUCCAACGUUUUAUAGGAAGAAUGAGAGGAAAAUAUGAUAGUAAAAUUCCGAUACCAGGUGAGCGCUUUAGUUAUGUAAUAACCCAUCCUGAUACUACCUUCGAUUUACAUGGUAGAAAGUUAAAACCAACUAAAGGCGAAAAAAUGGAAUUCGCCGAUGUAGCUAAGGAAUUGGGUAAGGAACUAGAUUUAUACCAUUAUUUCAAAAAAACUAUUAUUGGUCUCUAUGCCCGAUUUAUCAUGUAUGACAAGAUGUAUGAGCCAGAACCCUCAAGUCGAAUCAUGCGAAUCAAAGACCUGGAUGAGAAAUAUAAGCAAAUUGAUGACUAUGCUCAAAACAAGGCCAAGUCAUGGCUUGAGGGAUUCGUAAAAGAAAAUAUCAUAGUCAAUGGUGUUACUUCCAAGAUGAUAGAAUCUCGUGGGAUUGCUUAUAAGCGUGCUUAUAGAACUGCGGUCAAAAAGGCACAAGAAAUGUUAUAUCAUAAGAUAGGGUACUUAUACGAAAUAUUUCAUGGCGAAUGGCUUAGCUACGAGAUUUUUAUGGGAAGUAAUCCUAUUGAGAUAUUAUGGGAGAGAUUCAUGAAAUGCGCUAGGAAACUUACAAAAGAUAAAAACCUCUCGGUGGAUGGCGAAAUGAAGGAAAAAAUAUGCUCUGAUUUUGCUCGAUAUCCUAGUGAGCUUGCAAAAUGUAUUGAAGGGUAUAAUUUAUUCUUUCACAAAUUGGUCUAUCAUAUGCGUUAUAAAGAGCAUAUAUCCAUACCAGAAAAAAUUGGCCCAGUCUCGUCUAUGCAAAAAAAUGAGAUAAUUACUGACUUACCAGCCUUACCUCACAUAUCAGAAAUUGAGGCGCUAGAUGACAUUACUAAUUUAUGGUAUUUCUAUCUUGAAGGUGUGGUCGAGCCGGAGGUGUUAAAGCAAAGCACUUAA